AUUAAAUAUUGAACUGUGUGAGUCGAUAACAAUCAAACAAAACCGUCCCCUGACAGAUAGUAAUAGAAUGUUUUGAAACAAACGGUACACGUUACUAGUAACCUACUUCAAUACUCACGGAAUUUUUUCGUGUAAUUCUUUUCAAGUUUAGAUUUGAAAUCGUUACUGUUUCGAGAAAUUGGACUGAAACAUUUGACCAUCAUCAACUCUUUGCGUUUACAAAUAUUGUGUGAUUAUAGUGUUAAGUAUAAACAUGACUGAAUAUCCAAUUCUUUAAAUUCGGAAAUGGAUCCUGCUAGCAAGGAUGUGAAUAGUUUGUUCAUAGAAACUGAACGACUAUCCAGGUCUAAUGAUUCUUCACGUCGUCCUAGCAACGAGAGCACUUGCAGCCUGAACGUACCGUUAGACACCCGUUUCGAACGCGAAGCGACUCCUCAGGUCAACAGCACGGUGAUCGCGAGUCUGUUCGACAAGAGCCGAUCGCAGCCGUUCUACGACAACGUCAGUCGAUUCACCGCCAAGUCUUUUCACGAUGGUGAUUUCUGUUUGAACGGCAUCGAGGAAAGUCCCAUCAGGGAGGCAGAUAUGGACAUUUAUAGGAGAGGAUCGUUGCCCUUCGAGAACCCAAGAGUUAUCGGUUCAGCAACAGCUAAAGAUGCCUUCGGCCCACAGCUGAUUGAUGAAUCCCAAAUGACAAUACCUGGAACGCCAAUUCCUUCUUUAGUACAAGAAUCAGCAGAACAUUUUUUCGAUGCAUCUCCACCAGUAACCCCCAUCCAAAAGGAACAGGUUCUGGAUCCAGAAAGUCUACUUUUUCGAGACGGUCGAAGAAAAAUAGAUAUGGUACUUGUAUACGAAGAAGAAGAACUAGGGGUGAUGACAGAAGCAGAAGCAAAAAGAAGGGACAAGAGAAAAACGUUUCAGGAGAAUUUGAUCAAGGAAGGACUGGAACUAGAAUUGGAGCACAAAGAUUUAUCAUUCGAUGGAAGAACGUGGUUUCUGAAAAUUCAUCUUCCAUGGAAAACGAAAACGAGAUAUGCAGCUGUCAUGGGAAUGAAAUUACCGAUCAAGAGGUUCAUCACUAUCUCUGUCAAAGCAUGGGAUGACAAGAAGGACCAAACGAAAACAGAACAUUUCUACUCCAGGUGGCAGAAGAAGUGGAAGGAAAUUUUCGAGUUCAAUCAUGAUUUGAUCAGUCAGGAACCAUCCUUUUAUGAUUCUACUGAAGGCGGUGAUCGUGAAGAGCAGGUUUGUGGUCAAAGAUAGAGUGACGAGCUAUUCCAGUGCUCAAAGAAGUCUGAUUGUGAUGCAGAUAUUAUUGAGGGUGAAGUUUGAUGACACAGACAAAGUUGGUAUUAGAAGACUACUGAAUGAUUAUACUUACAUCGCAUGUUUUCCAUUACACGAAGGCAGAUGGGAUAGAGAAACCAGUGAUGGUAAACUAUUAGACAGAAGGUUGUUAUAUUUGGAAUGGGCAAGACCUGCCAAGUGGAUGAAACGACAGCCCCUACAUUUGGUGCGAAAAUAUUUCGGUGACCAAAUAGCCCUCUAUUUUUGUUGGUUAGGUUUUUAUACGAAGAUGUUAUUCGCUCCAGCAAUAGUAGGGACGCUCUGCUUUCUAUAUGGACUGUUCACAAUCGAUGGAGACGAUAACAGACCAACGAAAGAAAUAUGUGAUCCUAAUGGUCCAGGAAAUAUAACGCUGUGUCCUAUGUGUGAUAAAGCCUGUAAAUAUUUGAAACUUAUAGAUAGUUGUAAAUUUGCUAGGUUGACGUAUCUAUUCGAUAAUCCAGCAACGGUUUUCUUCGCUAUAUUCAUGAGUUUAUGGGCAACAGUAUUCUUGGAGUUAUGGAGGAGAAAACAAAGCGUUAUACAGUGGGAGUGGGACUUGCAUGGUACAGAGCAAGACGAAGAACCUAGACCAGAAUUCGAAACAAGUGUCAAAACAUACAGGACGAACCCCGUUACAAGAGAUAAAGAGCCUUAUUUGCCUACAUGGUCUAAAGCUAUGAGGAUGGCCGCUACUGGUUCCGCAGUGUCUUUCAUGCUAGUGGUCGUCCUAUGUGCCGUACUAGGAACAAUAAUCUAUAGACUGUCCCUCGUUUCAGUGAUAUAUGGUAGCAAAUCGUUUUUCUUGAAGAAACAUGCCAAAAUAUUGACUUCUGUGUCAGCAGCUGUCAUCAAUUUGAUUAUUAUUAUGUGUCUUACUAGGUUUUAUCAUAGGAUAGCGAUAUUUCUAACAAAUUUAGAAAGUCCUAGGACCCAAACCGAAUACGAAGACUCAUAUACUUUUAAAAUUUUUAUCUUCGAAUUUAUGAAUUUUUAUUCUUCUUUGAUAUACAUCGCAUUUUUCAAGGGUAGAUUUUACGAUUACCCUGGUGAUACCAUCAGCAGAGAGUCUGAAUUCUUGCGGGUUAAAGGAGAUAUUUGUGAUCCAGCAGGCUGUCUAAGUGAAUUAUGCAUUCAGUUGUCCAUAAUAAUGAUAGGAAAACAAAUUUUUAAUAAUUUUGUUGAACUCUUCAAUCCUGCCUUUUACAAUUGGUGGAGAUGGAGAACUCAUAAAUCCAACACGAAAGAUCCUACGAGAAAACAUACAAGAUGGGAGGAAGACUACCAUCUUCAAGAUCCCGGUAGAUUGGCGUUAUUUGAUGAAUAUCUAGAAAUGAAUGUUACGGAUAUAUACUUACAUGCACUUACAGUUGAUCAGUAGUUGUUGUUGAAGGAUUGUGAGGAGGAAAUUGAAGUAUCAAUUGAUGUUCUGCAGUAUGGGUUCGUAACUCUAUUCGUGGCUGCGUUCCCAUUGGCACCAUUGUGUGCCCUAUUGAACAACAUUGCCGAAAUAAGGCUUGACGCCUACAAAAUGGUGACACAAGCAAGAAGACCUCUUGGCGAGAGAGUGGAAGAUAUCGGUGCUUGGUAUGGAAUAUUGAGAGCAAUAACUUACGCAGCAGUAGUAUCCAAUGGAUUCGUCAUAGCAUAUACCAGUGAUUUUAUUCCUCGAAUGGUGUAUCAAUACAAAUACUCUCCUACUGAAGAUUUAACUGGCUACAUAGAUGCUUCUCUAUCAGUAUUCAAUACUACAGAUUAUCGAGAAGAUAUGAGAGUAGACGAUGACAAUCCGCCAGUUACUUGCCAGUAUAGAGGUUACAGGAAUGGUCCAAAUGAAACAGACCCUUACGGCCUUAGUCCGCAAUACUGGCACGUGUUUGCCGCCAGACUUGCCUUUGUGGUGAUAUUUGAGCAUGUCGUAUUCGCUUUGGUGGGAAUCAUGCAGUACGUCAUUCCAGAUGUUCCAUCAGAGUUGAAAACUCAGAUGCAAAGAGAAUCUUUGCUAGCCAAAGAAGCUAAAUACGAGCAUGGACUGAAAAAGAGUGACUAUGACUACGAUGAACUCUUACAGGCCUUCAGAGAGAAUAAUAAUGCUUCUAGGAGUGAGAAUAGAAUGGCAAUAAGAGGUUCUUGGGCCAGGAGAUUGAGCAGACUAUCAGAUGGACUGGACGCUCAUGUUGAGGUGACUAGCCGGAAGAAAAACUCGAAGGAAACAACAGUUUGGGAAGACUCUUACUGACAUUGACUUUCACAAUAUCAAUUGAAUUAUACGUAUAUCAAAUUUGUUUUUCAUUGUGUUGAAAUAUAUCAUUAUCAUGUGGAUG